UAGAAGCGUCUGUAUCUGAGAACCCGCCGUGUCAGACCCAGUGCAAGUGUGGAAUCCAGAGUCCUAGCUCAGGAAGGCAUCACUGGGAGUCAGUCCUAGCAGCCUUGCAGGGAGCUCUCCAAGGGGAGAUGCUUGGACCAGCCCUGGCAGAAAAUACUGGACUCACCGAGCUUAAUAUAAACUGGAAUCACCUUCGAGGACCAGGAGCUGUAGCCUUUGCCAGGGCACUGGAGGCAAACAUCUUCCUGAGAGUCCUGGACAUCUCAUACAAUGGCUUUGGAGAUCCUGGAGCAUCUGCAGUGGGUGAGGCACUUAAGACCAACAAUGUGUUGGAAGAGCUCAACAUGAGCAACAACCGCAUCUCUGCAGUGGGAGCCCUGAGCCUGGGCCUGGGCCUCCGGGUCAACCAGACACUGAGGAUUCUUGUUAUGUCCAGGAAUCCCAUGCGAGGCGAAGGCUGCUUUGGAGUUCUAAAGUCUGUCCGGGAUAAUCCAGAGUCCGCCCUAGAACUGCUGGAUUUCUCUGAUAUCCAAGUGGACAGAGAGUUUGAUGACCUCGCUAUCUCAGUGAAGGUAAUUCUUCCAGCACUUUCUAUCAAGACUGCUGCCCACAGAGUGGAGUACAAAAGACUUGCCUCCAGUCUACACCCCGUCCCUACUGGCGUCUGUCCCUAAGUGACUGCGGUAUGUGGCUUCCUCUCACAUUGGCCACUUCAACUUCCAUGUGGAGAGUUCUUGGCCUCAUGAUGCUUUAUUACCACUUGAGUCUGCAGUGAGUCCCCAUGUCAGCUGGGUGGUAAGUCCUGUGGAGCCUGUCUUCAUGAUGACUCAGACACUUGUACCCUCCUCUCCAUCCCAUGGCCUCUGUUAAUGCAGAGCAUUAAUGCAGCCUUCCUUUGCUCACGCUAAUUUCCGUAACAUGAACUUGGGCUGUGUGCUACAUGUUGAGCUGAGUAUGGGGUCAAAGAUCUCCAACGUUCCUGCCUUGGUGACUUCAAGAGACCAUGAAAAUAUAAGGUGGUGUGUGACUGGCAUUCCCAAACUCAACUUGCCAGAGCGCAAACUGACACAAGGUUUUUGGGAGGUUUUAUGUACCAAGAGCCUUAAAACUGCCUAUGCCCUUUGAUUCAAUGGUCUGACUAAUCUGCUCUUCAGAAAUAACCAGAGAUGCAUAAAAAUAUUGAUGCCCAGGGGUGCCUGAGUGGCUCAGUAGGUUCAUGCGUUCGAGCCCCGCAUCGGACUCUGUGCUAAAAGCUCAGAGCCUGGAGCCUGCUUCAGAUUCAGUGUCUCCCUCCCUCUCUGCUCCUCCCUCACUCGUGCUCUCGCUCUCUCUCUCUCUCUCUCUCACACAAAAAUAAAUAUUUUUAAAAGUUUCACAAAAAAAUAUUGAUGCCCAAAAAUGCUCACUGAAAGGCUGUUUAUAAUAUGAAAAUUGGAAAUAAUCUAGAUGCCCAAUAACAGGGGACUGAUUGACGAAGAAUUGGAACUCUGCAAUCAUUAAAACCAAGCGUUCAAAGAACAUUGAACACGUUAACAGUUUAUGAAAAAGCACAUGGUUAAUGUUAAGUGAGAAAAUCAGGAUUGAAAAAAAAUCACAUGGUUUGUCUGGCAAUUCCUUAAAAGGUUGAACCUGUAGUUUAUCACAGACCCAGCAAUUCGUGUCAUAGAGAAAUGAAAACAUGUGUUCACAGCAGCUUUAUUCAUAAUAUCCACGAAGUACAAAUGUCCACCAACUGAUGAAUGGGCAAAUAAAAUAUGGUAUAGGGGCACCUGGGUGGCUCAGUCA